AUGGAUGGUAAUGUAGCUCAUUGUAUUGAUGGUGAAGAGGACGAAGGAGAGAUUCCUGAAUGUAAUGGGGGUAUACAAGUCAUUGUGAACGCUGCAACUGCGUGUCAUGCUGAAGGGCAAAGCAAGUCUGCUAUCUUAGAAGAUGUUCUCGCUACCGGCCAAGGUGACCGAAAUAAUCUCAAUUUAACUGGAUGGAAGCGUACUGCAGCUGUUAAUGACCGUAGUGCUCAAUCGCCUUUAACAAAAGAAAUUUGGGAAAAGCAUAUCGAUAAAGAUGGUAGAGUUACUAACGAAGAUAAAAUACGCGAGCGUAUAUUCAAAGGUGGCAUCAAUCCGAUUGAUCGCAAAGAUGUUUGGAAAUUUCUAUUUGGAAUGUACUUGUUUAAUUCCACAUUUAGAGAAAGGCAGGCUUUAGACGAAGAGAGAGCUGUAAGAUACUUUGCCUUAAGGGCUCGCUGGCAGUUUGAACUAAGAAAAUAUAACGUAUAUCAUCAGGAUGAUGUUAAUAAUAUUAAUUCAGAUGAACCUGUAUUCAUGGUCGUACAGAAACAAGUUAAACUGUAUGCGUGUCGCCAGCCUUUUGAUGAAAAUUUAACUCUUCAAGCUAUACGCACUAUUGAUAAAGAUGUUCCUCGAACGGAUCGUGUCAUUGAUUUUUAUCAGUUAGUAUUUAUUCAUGUAAAAGUACUAAUGUUGACACCAUAUCUUAUGGAACAAUCAUUACGUAGAGGUGAACAGGGCGAUAAAAGGCUAGAAAGUUUGCGUCAUAUUUUAAUAACAUUUGCCGCUUUUCACCCAGGUGUCACCUAUGCACAAGGAAUGAAUGAUGUUCUGAGUAGAUUUCUAGUAGUUUUAGAAUCUGAAGUUGAUGCUUUCUGGUGCUUCAACUAUUUUAUUGAAAGAGUAGAAAACGAUUUUCGCGAAAGUGGGAUGUUACUUAAAAUCGCUUCAGUUCAGCGAUUACUCAUGGUCCUUGAUAGUAAAUUAUUUGAAUAUUUGGAAUCUCUCAAUGCUAGCGAUCUCAUGAUCUGUCAUAGUGGGCAUCUUGAACCCCACUCAUAUGAAGGUGCUAUGGCAAUUGAACAACAAAGAAUAUUAGAAAUAGAAAAAGGAGGUGGUUGUGUUCAUGGCUUAGAAGUUGAUGUUAACUCUGAAUUUACAUUUGACAUUUUUGUAAGUGUCGCUGUCUUGAUGAUAUUUAGAGCAAACAUAAUGAAAGCGGCGGAUGCAACGGAAGUAUUUUCAUGUUUAAAUAACUUGACGACUGGUAUGGAUCUAAAUACCGUAAUAGAAGUUGCAGAAUGCUUAUUCUUUAUUUAUUGCCGAACUACUGUAAGGGAUAGUUUUGAGAUUAUUCAAUCCGGUAAAGAGGCGGAAGAAUAG